AGCCACACACGACUAUCUCCUCCAGUAUGGGCGGAAGUGUAGGCAAGGGCGGGUCAGGCAAGAGCGGCUCCUCCCUCCUGGACGCCCUUCCAUCCCUCAACGCGCCCCUGCACGUCGUCAUGCUCGGCCUCGACUCGGCGGGCAAGACCACGGCGCUCUAUCGACUCAAGUUCGACCAGUACCUCAACACCGUGCCCACCAUCGGGUUCAACUGCGAGAGAAUCAAAGGAACCUCAGGGAAAUGCAAAGGCACCAGCUUCCUCGUGUGGGAGUUGGGCGCCAGGAGGAAGCUGCGUCCUCUCUGGCGCUCGUACACGCGCUGCACGGACGGGAUCGUGUUCGUGGUGGACUCUACGGGCGAACGCAUGGACGAGGCCAAGAUGGAGCUCAUGAGGACCGUGAGGCGCGCCGAGAACCACCACGUCCCGAUCCUCGUCCUCGCCAACAAGCAGGACCUCCCGGGGGCCAAGGACGCGGCGCAGGUGGAGAAGGUCCUGGGCCUCAAAGACCUCGGACCGGCGCAGCUGUACCACGUGCAACCAUCGUGUGCAAUAAUCGGGGACGGUCUCGAAGACGGUCUGGAGUCCCUGUACGACAUGAUCUGCAAGAAGAAGAAGAUCAACAAAAAUAAUCACAAAAACAGCAAAAAGAGGUGAUAGCGGUUGUGUUAAGGGGCGCGACUUGUGAUACUCCGAGCGUGUAUGUGUGUGUGUGUGCUGUGUGUUAUAUUAUUAGCGGUAGGGAAACUCUUUGUAAUAAAGAAAAAUAUUGAAAAAAAAAAAAAAUAAAUUAUAUGAAUGAAG